AUGGAUGUUAGCCGGGAGGUGACCAGUUUCAUGUAUCAAGAUGGUGAGAACCCAUUUGACGAAGAUGAGGGAAGUGUUGAGCAUCCGUAUGUUCCUCAGAGCGAUACCCCUGAAGGUAAUGGGAGGCUCUUGGAUUCAUUUGAUCCCAGUUUUGAGAGACCCAAUGCUAGCAUGCUUGCAACGCAAGGCCGAUAG